GGGUCUGUGAGGAUGACAGAGCCAGAGCUGAACAUCAGUGAAGAAUGAAGGGUUUGUUAUGUACACUGCUGCUGCUGGAAACCUUUGUGUUUGUGGUACAGCAGCUGGUAGAUGGAGGACUCGCUGAGAAUGAGAUCAGUCAACAGCUCAGCACUGAGGACAGAAGACAGAAUCCAGCUCAGACAGACACUCGGAGAGAUGAAUCUGACAGCCAACAAUACUGCCAUCUGAGCUUCCCUGACAUCCACGCAGCACUGAGAGAACUGACCGCCACCGUCACAGAGCAGAAAGCCAACAUCAGAGCCUUAGAGACACGACUGAAGGACACUGCAGAACAACAGACAGUCAUCCUGGAAGAACUGAACAAGAAAAAUGAUGCCUUAGAGACACGACUGAGGGACUCAGAGAAAACUGCAGAACAACAGACGAUCAUCCUGGAAGACCUGAACAAGAAAACUGAUGAAAUGUCUAAUCUUACUGAGAGUCAAGUGGAGGAGCUGAGAAAGGGAAACAGAGACAGAGAGAUAGCAUUUUCAGCUGCACUGAUGGAAUCUGGCGGUGGAGAUAUCGGUCCUUUCACCACUGAAAUCACUCUAACCUACAGGAACGUCUUCACAAACAUCGGGAACGCCUACAACCCAAUUACAGGUAUUUUCACUGCCCCACUGAAAGGAGCGUACAUGUUCAGCUUCUCUAUCUAUGGUCAUGGUAGUUCCUCAACUUCAGCAACUGUCUCCAUUGUGAAGAACGGAGAGAGGGUGGUUAUAGCACAUGGACAUCAGGGUUAUGGAGUUGUAAACUCCUCAAAAGGAGUCGUGUUGAUUCUGGAGGUUGGAGAUGUCGUCUAUGUGAGACUUUGGUCUGGAACGAGGAUAUAUGAUGACAAGAAUAACCACAUGACUUUCAGUGGUUACCUGCUGUUUCCCUUAAGAGAACAGGAGCUUUGCAGAAUGUGAUUCCAGUAAAACUGAACUUUUA